AAGUCUACUAGUAUACUUAAUCACAUACACAUUUCGUCACUGAAAACAACAAUUUUCAAAAUUGCUAAGUCAUAUCAUGUACGUAUCUCAUAACACAAUUACGUGUGCAGAGAUAUACAUUUCGUUCAUAAAUUUAAAAAAUAAUAAAAAUCCUAAAGAGUUUCUGCAGGUAUUAACGAAAAAUAAUAUAUAAACAAGUAAAAGUUGAUCUAUAAGGCCUGUUCUGUGUUCGAUAAGCUAGUUAGGCAGAGCAAGAAUCUAUAUAAUGUAAUACGAUGACUCCUGCAGCGGUCUCGCCCACACCAUAUUGAAAAGAUCUUCCUGCUUCAUUCAGCUGUAAUAAAGCCUCGACAUCAAUACGACGACUACGACGCACCGUUUACAUCGAUCUCUUACGUUAUUUGUUUGCGACACACUCAAGCACACGCAGCGCUAUAGACAAUGGCCCAAAGCGAAGACGAACACAAAGUUGAAGUCUACAUUUAUGAUUUAUCCAAAGGAAUGGCCACAGCUCUUUCAAUGCCUUUAUUAGGUAAACAAAUUGAUGGUAUAUGGCAUACUGCUAUAGUUGUUUUUGGCAUGGAAUACUAUUUUGGAGCAAAUGGAAUUUCUUAUUGUGAACCGGCCCAAACAAUCAUAGGACAACCAGACACAAUAAAAAAUCUUGGGACAACCAGCAUUAGCUGUGAUGUAUUUACAGACUUUUUAUAUGGUCUAUCGAAUGAUCAGUUCAAACCUGAGAGGUACAACCUAUUUGACCAUAACUGUAACACAUUUAGCAAUGAAGUUGCACAGUUUUUGACUGGUAACAAAAUUCCCUCAUACAUCAUUGAUUUACCUGCUGAAGUUGCUAACACGCCCCUUGGCAGCAUGAUGAAAUCCAUGUCAAACAGUAUUGCUGUUCAACCAAGUGGUGGCAAAACUUUGUUUAGUUCUUCAUCCUCCUCAUCAUCAUCACCUUCCCCUCAGUUACAGUAUAAUUCACUUGCAUGGAACUCUGCCCCUAAAAAUACUAACUCAAAUUCAGCUACAUUCUCUCCUGUGACAUAUCCCUCUUCUGAACCCUUUCCAGACAGCGACACAUUUUCCACAAUACUUAAUGAAACUGAAAAGAAACUUCUAGAAGAUAUUUAUAAGUGUUUAUCCAGUUCUUCAAGUCAUAACAUUGGCAAAGCACAUUUGAAAAUGUUAGCAUCAUUAGUGACCAGAAAGAGUGUUACCAAUAGCAUUAUCAAGUGUGGUGCAGUGUCCUUACUACAGGAACUCAUAUCCAAGAGGCACAUUGUCCAAGAACUUCAGAAAGAUGAUGACCAUAUGAUAGCGUCUCUAUUACUGGAAUCUAGAAUUCUUCCUUUUGAAAUUAUGGUAGCAAUCCUUAAGUUGGUCACCAACUUGUGUUCUUCUGAAGCUGGCCUACACUUUUUAACAUCUACUGUUGAACAUCAACUGGAUUCUGCAAAAGUACCUCUUAGCAGUUCCAAUGGGAGUAGUACAACCUUUUCCUAUCUUGCACUAACUGGUGAGGCAGUUGUGAAUGGCCUUUUGUUGGAGCAAAGUGACAUUAAUGAUGUGGCUGCUGCUGCAGUUUACAAUAUUCAUCAGAUACAGAUGCAUGAUGACUUGCUGAUAGCUGUUUCCAGUGCUCUAACACAGUGCCUGCAGCGAGAGGAGAUUCUAGAAAAAACUGCUUUUCUUGGUUUACAAAGCCUGAAAUGGUUUAUUAAGUUAAAUGAAGGGGUAUGUGCCUUGGUUAAAAUGAUGGAGCUGAAUUACCAAAGUCUUUCUCAGAAGUCAUCUCGUGUUAAAGAAACAUGUGAACAGAUAAAUAAUAUCCUGAGGCAGUUGAAUGAUUGACCAGUGCCAUCUCAAGAUUUAACAUCUAUUAUUUAACACACUUAAAUCAUUUAUUUGAACCAUCUGUAUGAUAUACACAUACAUCAAGGAGAAACAGUUGUAUAUUUGACCAAUGUUCUGCCAACAAAUGUUAACAUCUUUUAAAUUAUGUAUUUUGUUAUCCUUGUUAAGUUGUCUGAUGAUGGUGGGCUAGCGUAGAAGGGCAUGGAUUAAAUGCUUUGCAAUAUUUAGUUUCAUGCCACCAGCAUCACAUUUACCUCUAAGAUUGAUUUUUAAAAAUAACCAUAAUACACUAAUAUUGAUUCAAUCAACUAUACUCUCUCUGCUAUAAAAGAUUGGCAUAGUGCCUAGUUUGGAAAAAAAAAAAAAUAACCCAUCUAUAUGUUAUACUCAUAGAAAUGAAAGAGCACAAUAACUGCUGCAAAAAAUUAUCACCACCAACAAAUAAUGGAAUACAAAGUUAUGUUUUAUGUAAUAGGAAAAUUGUUACUCUGUAUUUUGAAAGUCAACUCUAUACAUUUACUAAUCCAUCCUUAUAUAUAUAUAUAUAUAUAUAUAUAUAUAUAUAUAUAUAUACAUACACACACACUUGCAUUUGAGAAAUAAGAUUCGUCUUUGGAUUUCAUCUUUGGAACAAUGGAACAAUUUCUUAAGCAGGACUUUAAGAAUAUAAAUAUCGAGGAAAUUAUGAGAAGAAAAGAAACAUCUUUCCAUGAAAAGAAGACUAAUGCAAACAGAACAAAACACUGAAGGGAACACUUGAAAUAGAUUUUCUUGUAGUUGGUGUUUAAAGAAGACAUUCUAGUAUGACCAAUUUGUUUCAUCAACACUGUUUCACUAUUUUUUCUGCAGUUCAUCUUGACUCUUUCAAUUUUUUUCUUUGUGAUUACUUUCUUUGAAAUAGUUUCACAUUAGCAUUUUUACCAUUCACACCCAUAUAUAUAUAUAUAUGAGGUUGUGUGUAUAAGCUUUUGCUGUACGACUGAUGAUGAUAAUUCCUGAGCACUAUUUUGAACUGGACAAAGUUAACACAUUCCCUGUGACACAUUUUAGCUGAAGACUGACUUUAUUUUGUUUUCUCUUUUUUGUAUGAAUUUACGAACAAUAAAUUCAUCAGAUAUUUGGGUUUCGAAGAUAAAUCCACUGGGCUAAUAUCUAUAGUUUACUGCAGCUCUGAUGGAUCAACUGACAAGAGGUUUUAGUGCACUUGUCUCUCAAAUAUUUGGAUCCUCUUGACAGGGCUGGUUGCAAACUUCAGUAUUUGAGACCAUGUCCCAGCUUCCGGAAACUGCAUAAAUGCAGUGAGUUUGCAGUGGUACAGAACCAGAAGGAUUAUAAUUUUACUUUUAACAAAAGUUAAACAUAUUUCCUGGCAACUGCAGAAACUCUGUGCUGGCUUAGUUUUACCAAGGAUGUAAAAUAUAAAUUUUCAUUUUAAACUCUGUAUAUCAACAUAAAUUAUGGUUGUUAAACAAAUGGUUGUGCAUUUAUACAGAAUGGAUUGUUUGUGUGCAUGUGUGUGUGUUUGCAUGUGUGUUUGUGUGUGAAGUAAAAAGAUUAUUUAAUAAAAGAAUUUUAAUUAGUAUAAACUCCA